AUGCGGCCUGACGGAGCGUUAAAUUUAAAUGGCUUCUCCCAGGCGUCAAAUGGUUCCACCUCAUCUCCGUCAAGGAAAGAGGGGUUGUCCCAUCCGCUAAACGGUCAGCCAACAUACGUUUCCAACGGAGAAUCAAAUGGCUCCUCGAGAUCGUCGGAUAAUUCUCCGUCAUACUUUGGCCAUGAUAGAGAGGAAGUAACGAGGAUUCUCAUCCAGAGUCUGUACGAGCUAGGUUACAGUGGGGCAGCAUCACAGUUGACCAGGGAAAGCGGUUAUCAGCUCGAAAGCUCGGGCGUUGCCACAUUCAGGAAUGCAGUGUUGGAUGGACGAUGGGUCGAGGCUGAACGCAUCUUGGUCCAGUCGUUCUAUACCAAUGAUAAUAACAAUGGCGAAAAGACACCGAGCAGGGAAAAAUUAGCAUUGGGGGCAAACGCAGAGAAGAACGAAAUGCUCUUUUAUCUGCGACAGCAGAAGUUCCUCGAGCUGCUGGAAGCUCGGAAUCUUGGAGCAGCGUUGAUGGUGCUUCGUCAAGAACUGACACCUUUGAAUUAUGAUAUUGCUCGACUGCAUGCCCUUUCUAGCCUUCUUAUGUGCCCAACAGAACAUCUUCACGAGCAAGCUGGAUGGGACGGCCCUAUUAGCUCGUCCCGGGAACGUUUACUAUCUGAACUUUCGAAAUCCAUAUCGCCGUCUGUAAUGAUUCCAGACCAUCGUCUCGCCGUAUUAUUAGAUCACGUCAAGCAAAACCAGAUCAACAACUGUCUAUAUCACAACACUGCAGUUCCACCUUCGUUGUAUUCAGAUCAUCUAUGCAAACGAAGCGAUUUCCCACUUCGAACAAGUAUCGAGUUGAGUCAACACUCAGAUGAGGUCUGGUACUGCGAAUUUUCACAUGAUGGCACAAAGUUAGUCACGGCUGGCCGGGAUCGUGGUGUAAAUAUCUACGAUACGACUACUUUCGCUGUGCUACAUAAGCUGGUAGAGCACGAUGAUGGUGUUGCCCAUGUCAGUUGGAGUCCAGACGAUUCCAAACUGAUUACCUGCUCCCAAGACAAGAAGGCUCGUGUAUGGAGCGUUGAGACUGGGCGUUGCCUCUUAACAAUCAACCACCAUCGUGAGCCAGUUACAGCAGCCGCCUGGGCUGCAGAUGGCGAGUCGUUCGUCACGGCUUCUCUAGACACAAACUCCCAGCUUUGCCAUUGGAGUAUGCGAGGCCAGGCUCUUCAUAUUUGGCCUGGAGGCUUCCGCGUUCAAGACUGUGCCAUCACCCCAGACGGACGACGACUGAUUGCGGCAGAUGUCAAGGAGAAGAUUCAUGUGUACAAUUUCAUCACACACGAAGAGGAGUAUUGUCUUCCAAUGUCCAGCAAACCCACCUCGGUUGCUAUGAGCAGAGAUUCGCGUCACAUGCUCGUGAAUCUGUCGGAGGGUGAGAUUCAGCUUAUCGACAUUGACACCACGGACAUUGUCCGCCGUUUCGAAGGACAGAAGCAAGGCCAUUUUGUUAUCAGAAGUACCUUCGGUGGCGCUGCUGAAAACUUUGUUGUCAGUGGAAGUGAAGAUUCACGUGUUUACGUAUGGCACAAAGAAAAUGGGACUCUUGUCGAGACUUUGGACGGGCACAUUUCUGGUUGCGUGAACUCGAUCUCGUGGAACCCCACAAACCCAGGCAUGUUUGCUUCUGCAGGGGAUGACUGCUUGGUGAGAAUUUGGACACCGGAUUGUGCUACACCACAUAGUGCUGCAGCAGGAAAACGCAGAGCAGUGUCCUCAAAUGGCCUUACACGUACCAGCGCUUUACGAUCAACAUCGAGCUUCUAUGAAUGA